AUGCAUCCAUGGUGCGAUAAUUAUAAGAGUUUAUUUGUCAAAGGAACAUAUCAUUUUUCACCUAUAGAAAUUCGUCAUCUCACGAAUCAAAUAGCUGAAAUCGUUUCAAACAAACAACAUUGUCGAUCAUAUGUCGAUCUUCUACAACCAAUUAAUGUAUCCAUUCCGAUUUCUCAACCACCAUUUCCAACCAUCGACCUAAUCGUUCCUCAUCCGACAGAUUUAAAAAAUAAACAGCAAAAACAUUUUUGCAAACUUCAUCCCGAGGAAAAUCGUAAUCGUCGCCGCAAGAAACGUCUCAAUCCCAAUGACGAACUAAAACCAACCUAA